UGCCCCUCCCCCCCUCCUGCCCUGCCGCUGCCCUGCUGCUGCCGCCGCCUGUCGCCGUCGCCGUCGCCGGUCGCCGCCGUCGCCUCCGUCAAGGCCAAUCCUGCCGUCUCACCGCUCCUGCCACCGCACGGUUCCGCCGUCGACUCCUACGAAUUUGCAAGAAUGAGUGAUAAUCGAUCGUGGAUGUACGCGAGAUACAAUGAUCGUGCUGCAUUUGAAACGGGACUUGAGAGUUUCCUCGAGUUUGCGAUAAAUCAAACAGCGUAUACAGAUGGAAUUGGUAACAUUAGGUGCCCGUGUAGGAAGUGUAAGAAUAAAGUCUUUGCAUCUGUACCUACAGUCAGAGAACAUGUUACUAGGCGUGGAUUUGUCCACAAUUACACGAACUGGUGUUAUCAAGGGGAAGCACCAGUGUAUAUGCCAGCAGAACAUACUAUAAUGGAUGAGGAUGAUGGGUCAUACCGUAAUUACCAAAGGAUGGUGCAUGAUCAUGCUGGACCUAGUAAUUAUCAAGAUCCUACAAAUCUUGAGGAGCCGCCUAAUCCUGACGCUCAACAAAUUUAUGACAUGUUGAACGCAGCCGAUAGUCCUCUAUACCCAGACUGUGAUACUUACUCACAGUUAUCCUGGAUGACACAGAUGAUGAGCAUAAAGGUUGAAAAUCACAUGUCAGAGAGAUGUUUUAAUCAGAUAUCUGAGAUGGUUCAAAAGGCUUUACCGAAGGAUAACAACUGCCCUGACAGCUUUUACAGUACGAAGAGAAAUCUGCGCGGGUUGGGUUUGCCAGUAGAGAAGAUUGAUUGUUGCGUUAAUAACUGCAUGUUGUAUUGGGGGGACGACAGUGAGCUAGAGAGUUGUAAUUUUUGUGGUGCAUCACGAUAUAAGGAGAACUUGCGUGCAUCUGGAAGCCGCCGAAAGAAACGUGUGGCCGCCAAACAGAUGCACUAUUUUCCUUUGACGCCCUGACUGCAAAGGUUGUUUGCAUCUGCGGCAACAGCCGAAAAUAUGCGAUGGCAUGCGACUUCAAUAGAAGAUGGGAUCAUGCGCCACCCAGCAGACUCUCCGGCAUGGAAACACUUGAAUUCAGUAUAUCCUGGAUUCGCCGAGGAGAUAAGAAAUGUGAGAUUAGGCCUCUCUACAGAUGGUUUUGCCCCAUUUGCACAAUCAGGGCGUCAAUAUUCUUCUUGGCCGGUCAUUGUCACACCGUAUAACUUGCCUCCGUGGUUGUGCAUGAAAGAACAAUUCAUGUUCCUCACUGUCCUCGUGCCUGGGCCAUCUAACCCAAAGAUGAAGUUGGACGUUUUCUUACAGCCACUGAUACAAGAGUUGAAAUAUUUGUGGGAGGUUGGUGUGAACACUUAUGACAUAUCGUUGCAGCAAAAUUUUCAGAUGCGGGCAGCUCUAAUAUGGAC